GCACCAAUGCCUAAAUUUGAGUAUUUUAUUGUUAGCCAGUUGGCCUACACUCGCCCUGCCACGAAUGUCGCCUCAUUUGCGUAACGGAAGACUUUUACUCUUCGUGGCUCUGAUUUUCAUACUUGUAAAUGCAGAGGUCCCACAGCCGGCAGUCGAGGAGAGCAUUCGCCUCGAUGAUGCUCUACUGGCGGAGCCCAGGCCCACGCCCGGACGGAGCAUAUUCUUUCACGAAACGAGCUGCUAUGAUGCCAAAAACAAAAAUCUUAAUAUACUGAAGCUUACAGCCCGACAAGUCUGCGCUAUCGAAUCUGCUGCACUCCAUAAUCCGAAUUUCCAAGUGUUCGUUUUGUUCGUUGACCGAAAAUACAGUCUUGUUGUUGACCCCAACGUAGGGAAUAGAAGCAUCCAGCAGCCUCUUUUCGAUGCCAUCUUAAGCUAUAGCAAUGUCCAUUUGCGGCGUCUAAAUCUCUGGAGAUAUGCUGCAGGCACACCCAUGGAAAAAUGGCUCAGGGAGGGUAAUCUGUUUCGCUCGCGAUAUCUGGCUUCCCACAUCUCUGAUUUUUUGCGUUAUUUGACCCUGUUUCGAUAUGGCGGCCUGUAUCUGGACUUGGAUGUGGUCGUGCUGCAGAAAAUGGAGGAUGUGCCACCCAAUUACACAGGAGUCGAGUCCGAUCAUAUACUUACCGCUGGCAUCAUGAACUUAGCUGCCACUGGAUUAGGUCAUGAGAUUGCCGAGUUCUGCCUGCUCGACUUUCAGCAAAACUUCAAUGGUAGUAUAUGGGCCUAUAAUGGCCCAGGGGUUAUUACACGCGUGGCCCAACAGCUUUGCGGCACUGAUUACAUCGCACUGAUGCAGGAUGAUCGCAAAGGCUGCAUGGGUUUGAAGGUAUAUGGGCGAGGCGCCUUCAGCCCUGUGGGUUCCCGUCAGUGGCGCGACCUUUUUGAGCCAGAAAAACUGGAGGAGACCAUGGCCCGCACCAAGUACUCGUAUGUGGUGCAUGUGUGGAACAAGCAGUCGAAAAAGGUGCCAAUCAAGGACUAUUGCGGCUCAGAUCGUUAUCUUCCGUACCCCUAUCAGAAG